CGGCGGGGCGGGGCGGCGGCGCCAUGGCCGGGCCGCUGGGGCAGGCCUGGGGCUUCGGGGCGGCCCUGCAGGCCCGGGGGCUGGGGCCGGCCCGGGGGCUGGGGCAGGCCCUGCGGAGCCGGGCCGCGCUCCGCCCGCUCGGGCUGCUGGCCCCGCCGUGCCGGGAGCUGGCCGGGCCGGGGUCGGGAGGAGCGGAGCUGGAGGAAAACCCCUUCUACGGGAAGUACCGAGACAAGAUCCAGGAGCUGCGGAGAUCCAGCCCAGAUGUGUUUGAAUCCCGUAUGGAAAAAAGAAAUGAAGUGAAAAAACAGCCUGUGGGAUAUUCCAAUCAAGGAGAAUUUAUCAGAUGCAUGGAGGAAAAGGCAAAAGGCUUGGGCACAAAGACAUCAAAGGGAGGAUUCACAAAGGAUAAGACACUUGAUUCAAUUCUUAAUGUUGAGAUGGUGAAAGAAAAAUCAGCGGAGGAGAUAAAACAGAUUUGGAAUCAGUAUUUUUCUGCAAAAGAUACAGUUUAUGCUGUCAUUCCUGCAGAGAAGUUUGAUGUAAUAUGGAAGAGAGCCCAGAAGUGUCCAUCGUUUCUUUAUGCUUUGCCAAGAAAAGAAGGCUACGAGUUCCUUGUGGGGCAGUGGUCAGGAACAGAAUUGCACUUCACUUCCCUAAUAAACAUUCAGACCCAAGGUGAAACUGCUCCUAGCCAGUUGGUUUUGUACCAUUAUCCUGAGCUGCAGAAGGAAAAAGGGAUAGUACUCAUGACAGCAGAAAUGGACUCCAAGUUCUUGGUGGUCCACGAAGCCCAGUGCUUGGCAAAUCAGGUGCAGCUUUUCUAUGCGACGGAGCAUUCCCAGACCUACGAGUUGGUGGAGACCUUCAACCACAGAUCUAGUGAAUUUAAGUAUAUGUCAGUUAUAGCAGAGCUUGAGCAAAGUGGACUUGGAAGAGAACUGAGAGCUGGUCAGGUUUCUGACAAGCCAUAGAGCCUUAGGUGUGGGUGAAGUGAGCCAGCACCAGGCAGGGGUUUCCUACAUGUCCUUUCUGUUCUGUUUUACAAAUUUGGUUUGGCUACAGAAAGGAUCUGGAGACUUCCUGGGGGACUGAUAGUCAAGCCUGUCUGGCACUGAUGCAAGAUGAAGACUUGGGCCAUUUGAACAACAAUAAUUAAAUGCCAGAAUGGAGCCCUGUACUUCAGAGCAACUUCAUCAGAACGAGCCCUUUUCCCAUCCUGUAGCUUACUGCUGCAUGCUCUGGUUUCGAAAUCUGAAAUAAAGUAACAGAAGGGGAGCUAUGUAAUGGCCUCUGUUGACAUCAGGGGACAGAUAACAAUCAAUGUUUCUUCUCAGUAAAUGCAUUUUAAAUGCCUUCCACCAUUAUAAUUGCAUGGUCCAGUGCUUUUUAAUCUCUCUGGAAUUUUUACAGGCUUGUCCAUCAAGCAAAGAGAAUAGGACUGAUGCUCUAAAACAGAUUCCUCUUUGUUACUUUGUGAGAUUCCUUACACAGAUGUAUACUGUGGCCCCUGUUUUUCUCAGGAUUAAAAAAUAGUGACUAGA